UUAUAUUCGAUCAAUUAAGAUUCACGUAGCAAAUUAUAUAUUAAUUAUUUUGUUUUAGCAAAUUCAACACUCUCAUUGACCUCCAUACAAAAAUGUCUCACUUCACGUAUUAUUUUCGUAGACAGAUUUUGGGCGGAGUAAAUCCUCUCGCGUCGCCUCUUCCUCUGUGCUACAAUGUUGCAACAAGUGACAGUUGGACACCGCAAAACAAAACAAAUAUGGCGGCUGACGGCUCAAGAACUGCAAUUCGAUUCGAGUGGUAGGCUGCGCUGUAAUUUUCGAACCGAAAAGGGUCUCUAAGAAUAUGACCACCAUGGACACAAAACAGAUCACUCAUCAUGCUCUUCAAAUGGACAAAUUUAACAGGGCAGGUAACUAUGGCAACAUUAUGCCUCUCCUGAUCGCCCUUGAUAAUGAAUGUGUGACUUGUGAGCAGCUGCAAGGCACAGACAUUGUCAGGGUCCUUUACAGACUCCUCAAAACCUGCUCAGACAAUUCAGUGAAAAAAACAGCCAAGCACCUGUUGUCAAAAUGGAAGAAACUCUACAGUCACCCCUAUCAUAUCUCAAAGGAGAAUGGAAGUGAGGAAGAAUUCACUGUCAUUGGAGAGAGUAUGCUGGCUGAUAAAGCGUGUCUGGCAGACAGAGGUGGCCUAGCUGCUGGUGAUGCUAGUAAACCAGAGGAGUUGGGUGUGUCUUGUGAACAUGUGGUUUUCUAUACUGGGUCAGAGAACAGAACACUCAAAAAUGGGACCAAGUGUGGGAGAGCUAAGAGAGAAGGGUUGUCAUCGUGGCAGGCAGCUGGUGAUUCGUCUUCGGGGUCAAUUUUGCCCACCCUCUCAAAGCAGUCAGAACCUCCUGCCACCACUUCCCUGGAUACCCCUCCCCUCUGUAAGGAUUCCUCUGAUUUGAGUUUGAGGACAAAGUGCAUCCAGCUUCUCCAUGGUGCCCUCGAUCCAGAAACUUCCAAGGAAGCAGAGGGGAAGACUGCAGAUCUGGCCCGCGUCAUAGAGGUGCACAUCCACGCGCUGCACCGUGCAAACCAGGCCAAAUACAAGGCCUGCAUCAGGAGUAAGGUGGCCAACCUAAGGAACCCCAAAAACGGCCACCUUCGGUGUGGUCUCCUGGGCGGCAGCCUGGGGCCGGAAGUCUUCGCCGGGAUGUCUUUGGAGGAGAUGGCCAACGAGGAGCUCCAGCGGCUGAGGGAGGAGUACUCAUCGCAGGGGGUGAGUGAGAGGCAGCUACCCCAGGGGGUGGAGGGGACGCCCACCCAGAAGCUGCGGUGCAGGCGGUGCGAUGGGUCGGACUGCAGAGUGACGCAGGUGUCCCGAGGCACUCUGUUUCUGCCGGCGUGGGUCCGCCAGGCCACCGCAGACCAGGAUGCCAUGACCUUUGUGACCUGUAGCAGGUGUGGGGAGCAGUGGUACCACAGCGGCUGGGUGUGCCUCUGAUAGGCCAUCCUCACCACACUACAUGUAAAAUGCCUGCUUUGUUUUUGUCGAGAUUCUGUUGAAAUGGCUUUAUCCUAUCAAACUGAAUAAUGUCAUGUUUUAAUCACAGAAAUAAAGGGACAUUUUACCACAUGAUUAUGCAUUACAUUGUCAAUAAACUUGCUGCGCUACAUACUGUAAUACAAA